AUGGAAUGGUCUACGAAGAGCAACGUUGAAAACAUGAGAGCUGCUUUUAUGCCACUGCAGUGGCUGGAGUCUAACUCAUCCAGGUCGCUCCAAAACUUCAGCUAUGAUCCUUAUGCAGGAAAUUCGUUUACGCCUGUGCUUACGCAAACCGGACCGGUUCUUUCUGUACCAGAAUCACCAGAAAAGAUCACCAAUGCGUGCCAAUGUCCAAGUAUCGAUGACCAGAUGAUAAAGAAGAAGCAGAAACUAACGACUGAACAAUUAGCUUCACUUGAACAGAGUUUUCAAGAAGAUAUCAAAUUAGAUUCAGACAGGAAGGUGAAGCUUUCGAAGGAGCUUCGUCUGGAGCCACGUCAGGUAGCUGUUUGGUUCCAGAACCGCCGUGCACGGUGGAGGGUGAAGCAUCUCGAGGAGUCGUACAACUUGCUAAUGAAGGAGUACGACGCAGUUUCAAGACAGAAUCAAAUGCUACACGAUGAGGUGAUGAAGCUGAGAGGUAUAAUACUAAAAGACCACUUGAUGAAGAGGCAAAUAAAUCUGAACAGCAAUCAAAUGCCCGGAGGGAGUCAAAUUUACGGUACUGAUCAAUACAAUAAUCCAAUGUGUGUUGCUUCUACUUGUUGGCCCCCGUUAUCAUCAGAACAGCCUUACCCAUGGUAGGUGUUUGGACCUUGGAGAGCGAGAGAGACUCACGUCGAGCUUUAGAUUUGUUGGAGUUUUAAUUUUUAAGAAAUGUUAGACGAAGGCAGACUUUUGCGCAUUGUACGG